UAUGAAGUGAAGAUGUGGGUUUCUUUCAUGAGUUGUGUUUCUGUCAUCCUUCUAAAUAUGUACACAAGCAAGUCUGAGUUUGCAAGUCAACCAGAUCCAGUGAUGUCUGUCUCUGUUGGUGAUAAUGUCAUUUUGCGUUGCUUCAUUUUGAAUAAUUACGAUGAUCCAGUUGUUUGGUACAAGCAAACUUCAGGACAACAGCCCUCUAUUGUUGCAUUGGUGCAGAUGGUGAAAUAUGUGGAAAAUCCAGAUUUUUAUAAUGAGUUUAAAUCCCAGAAGCGUUUUACUAUUGAGAAAGCAAAUGGAAUGUGUCACUUAAAGAUUACAAAUGUCACUGCAUCUGAUGAAGGAAUGUAUUACUGUGGAGGGAAAAAUUAUGAGAUUUUUUUUGCUGGAGGCACAUAUUUGAAUUUGAAAGGGUUACAAAACACCCAGCAUGAAUUGUACGUGUCUGUUCUUCAGCGUCCUGCAUCAGUGUCUGUCCACUCUGGAGACACAGUGAUGCUGAUGUGCUCUGUGCUGUCUGAACGCACAUCAGAAGACAUCAGAAUGUUCUGGUUCAGAUCUGAUUCAGGAAAAUCUGUUCCACAGAUCAUUUACACGUAUAAUCAGAGUGAUCAGUGUGAGAUUGAUUCUGCUACACAAAACUGUACAAACAAUCUGUACAAAGACAUUGUCAGUCAGACGGACGCUGGCAUGUAUUACUGUGCUCUGAUCACAUGUGGAAAAAUUCUGUUUGGUAAUGGGACAAAGAUACAUGUGGAAAAGUCAGUGGAAUCUAUAGUGAUUAUAUUGGGAGUACUGUUGGGUUUUUGUGUGGUUGUGAUUAUUGCUCAAGCUGUCUCAUACCAUAAAAAAGCAAGACAUUACUACAACAGAGAAACAGUUCACGGCAUUGACAAAAAACAUCCUUCCAAUCAGAACUGUAAUGCAUUGCAUUUGCAUUAUGCUGCUCCUGACUUUAAGGAGGGGAAAAACAGAAGAAUGAGAAGAAAAGAAGCUCCUCAGGACAGCGUGUACAGCCAACUGAAUUAUCUCAGUGACGAUCACACUAUAUUUGAUUAGACACUGUAAAUUAUCACACAGGAAAUGUAACAAACGCCUCACCUACAAAUAAUGUACUGUACGCUUAUAGUUCAAAAAGUAAAAAAUGCUUUUGUAUGGUUUUAUGCCAAGGGAAGGUUUAUGCAAUAUCAAACACGCUUUGAAAUGUGACCUCAAAUCACAGCUUAUAAAUAUGACAUUUUGUCUGGGGGUCUCAGCUGAGAAUGAUCUUCUAUUGUGUCAUGAUUUUCCUCUCAGGCUUUGGUCUUCCUCAUUAGCAUGAGCAGCACAGAUUGUGUUGGGGAUGUAAGAUUUAAAAGUGCAAAGCAGCUGUUUAAACAUUGUGAUGUUAAAUUACACACAGUAGUAAACUUUCCCUUAUAAUCAGAUUCAGUAUAGAUGGUCUCUCUGAGAAGAGGAGGAGGGCUGGAAGACUGUAGAUGGAGAAAAUGUAUUAACCACAUGAUCACAUCAAACUGAAUUGUUAUAUUGUGUUGUAACAGCAAAUGGAGAUUUUGAAAGGUGUAUUUUCUGUUUACACUGGCUUAAGUAUAGGCUAAUGUAAGUUUUUUAUGAGUACUAUUUAAAAAAGUUCCUAACACAGUCCAUUCAUUAAUACAUACUAUCCAACAUCUCUAAAAAGCCCAAUUAUUCCUGAGACACAACUUGUGUCAUAAAACAUGUUUUGAACACAUCAUACUUGUGAUUUCCAAUUUUUCAAAAAUUGUUUUUCUAUCUGAAAGCCCAUUAUUUUACAGGUAUGUGCAAAUAAACAGUAUUUAAAAGAAAAGUUUAAUAAAUAUUUUUAAAGGAGCAAUGUUGAGAUUUUAGCAGCAUCUAGUAAGGUUGCAAAUUGCAACCAACGGCUCACUCCACCCCUCCCUUUCAGCAUUUUGCUGGACAGUCUUGACAUCGGAAGCUUUCUCCCACAUCCCGCAA